UAUCAUAGCAACAACAUGUAUUGUGUUAGAAGAGUGCAAAACGCAACAACCCGCAUAUGUGUAGUCCGAACAGUAGGCCAGAUUAGUUUUAGGAUGUUGCGUUCCUUUGUCAGAAGCGGGUGAAACUGUUCGAUUGUGUGCGGAACUUGUUGGUUUUAUUUUGCAUGUUUUAUAGCUAGUACCAUCUACACAACUACGUUUUGAUGUACGUCUCAUACUGCACAUGUGCCGUGAAGAUGUAUCCUGGUAAAACUGAAAAGUACAGACAACAAAAUAAGUGAUGAGCACUGGCUAGACAGACUUAUCUAACAAUGUCAGUCACUGUUGAUCACAAAGGUUUCAAAUGUGAAGUCUGCUUUAAAUGUUUCCCAACCAAGAGAAAUUUAGAAGUACAUAUUCGCGUGCAUACUGGAGAGACGCCUUUCAAAUGUGAAAUGUGCACAAAAUGUUUUACGUGUAAAUCCUACUUAAGAAAACAUAUGUCCAUUCAUAAUAAUGAAAAAGGUUUCAAAUGUGAAGUUUGCACAAAACGUUUUACUCGCAAAUGCAGCUUAAAACAGCAUAUGUUUAUACAUACAGGUGAAAAACUCUUCAAAUGUGAAGAGUGCACAAACAGUUUUACAAACGAUGAUUCCUUAAAACGGCAUAUGUUGAUUCAUACUGAUGAAACACCUUUCAGAUGUGAAGUGUGCACAAAAUGUUUUACAUACAGCUCCACCUUAACACGGCAUACAUUUAGUCAUACUAGAGAAAAGACGUUAAAAUGUGAGCUGUGCACAAAACGUUUCAAACACCGUAUAACCUUAAAAUACCAUAUGUUGACUCAUACUGGUCAAAACCCUUUCAAAUGUGAACUCUGCACAAAAUCUUUUAGAAAUGAUUACCUUUUAAAGGAGCAUGCAGUGAUUCAUUCUGAUGAAAGACCUUACAAAUGUGAAGUGUGCUCAAAACGUUUUAAAUACAUUACCAGCUUAAGACUGCAUAUGUUUUGUCAUACUGAUGAAAAACGUUUCAAAUGUGAAGUGUGCACAAAACGUUUUACACGCAGUUCCUGCUUAAAAGUACAUAUGUUGAUUCAUACCGGCGAGAAACGUUUCAAAUGUGAAGUGUGCACGAAACGAUUUGCAUCCAGUGGCACGUUAAAACAUCAUAUGUUGAUUCAUACUGGUGAAAAACCUUACAAAUGUGAAAUGUGCACAGAAUGCUUUACACACCAUACCAGCUUAAAACGCCACAUGUUGAGUCAUACUGGUAACUAACUUUUCAAAUAGAAAGUGUGCACAAACUGUUUUAUACACAAGCACAGCUUAAAACGGCAUAUGUCGAUUCAUCCUGGUGGAAAAACCUUUCAGUUAGCGUUGGAAGAUGCUGGUUAAAUAGGCAGGGCAAUAUGGAAGGGUCGUAAUAUAUAUAAGAAUUAUAUAAGUCGCCUGAUGUGCGAUCGAUCUAGGAUCGAUUUCCGUUUGUGGGCGCAUUUGUCUAUUUCUUGUUCCACCCAGUGCUCCACAAUUGGUGUAACAAAGGCCGUGGUAUGUACUAUCCUGUCUGUGGGAUGGGCACAAUUUCUAGCCAAGGGGCCAUGUUAUAGCCCAUUUUGUUGCCGGCGACAAAAAGGAUCACACAUGCUGGACCAUUUUGUCGCCCUUCAACUAUUUUGUCGCCGGUUCAGCAAUACGUACAUUCGAGGCCAACUUUAUAACUAUUAUAACUCUUUGGUUGAUUAAUCGAGAGAUGAUUUUGUUUCCCCAACUCCAUGUGUAUAUGAAUGGUUUUCUUUGUCACAUUCCAGAUGAUGAUUUUUGUUAUAACGAUAUUACUGAUUACCUUAUAGAUUCCUUUAAUAUGCUUAUAAUAAUUAAUAUCCUCCUCUCUCUCUCUCUCUCUCUCUCUCUCUCUCUCUCUCUCUCUCUCUCUCUCUCUCUCUCUCUCUCUCUCUCUCUCUCU